CCGUGUCUGUUCCGCAGGAAUGUGGAAGAAGGCGGCGGCCGCGGCGCUAGUGCCAAACUUUGGGGAAUGAUAGCAGGCGCUGUGUGGUAUGGGAGCCGCUGUUUGAGAGGAGUACCAUCGCUGGACGGCCUGCAUUCGCAAUUUAGACGUUUCUAGAAAACCACCCGAGACUGGAGAGCUUGGAUUCGGGCAGAAUUUCACAGAGAAAAUACGGCUUUUAACACAACAUUGAAGCCAUGUCGGAGGACCUGAGCUCCCAACCCUGGUCCAUUAACAAGGAUGACUAUGAAUUACAGGAGGUCAUUGGAAGUGGAGCCACAGCGGUCGUCCAGGCCGCUUACUGCGUUCCCCGCAAGGAGAAGGUCGCCAUCAAACGCAUCAACCUGGAGAAAUGCCAGACCAGCAUGGACGAGCUCCUGAAAGAGAUUCAGGCCAUGAGCCAGUGCCACCAUCCUAACAUCGUGUCAUACUACACCUCCUUCGUAGUGAAAGACGAGUUGUGGCUGGUGAUGAAGCUUCUCAGUGGUGGUUCUGUGCUGGACGUGAUCAAGCACAUCAUCUCACGAGGCGAGCACAAAACCGGAGUGCUGGAUGAGCCCAGUAUAGCCACCAUACUGAAAGAGGUUUUACAAGGGCUGGAGUACUUGCACAAAAAUGGGCAGAUUCACAGGGAUCUGAAGGCUGGAAACAUCCUGCUGGGGGAAGACGGCUCUGUUCAGAUCGCAGAUUUUGGCGUAAGUGCCUUCUUAUCCACCGGUGGUGACAUCACCAGGAAUAAAGUGCGCAAGACGUUUGUCGGGACGCCAUGCUGGAUGGCCCCUGAAGUCAUGGAGCAGGUAAAGGGAUAUGACUUUAAAGCAGAUAUUUGGAGUUUUGGGAUCACAGCCAUCGAAUUGGCUACAGGAGCUGCUCCCUACCACAAAUACCCUCCUAUGAAAGUAUUGAUGCUGACCCUGCAGAACGAUCCUCCUUCCCUGGAGACAGGCAUCACAGAUAAGGAAAUGGUAAAGAAAUACGGCAAAUCUUUCAGGAAGAUGAUCUCGCUGUGUUUGCAGAAGGACCCAGAGAAAAGGCCAACAUCAUCAGAGCUCUUAAAGCACAAGUUCUUCCAGAAAGCUAAGAAUAAUGAAUUUCUCCAAGAGAAGUUACUUCAGAGGGCACCCACAAUAUCAGAAAGGUCAAAAAAGGUAAGGCGGGUUCCUGGUUCCAGCGGCAGGCUCCAUAAAACAGAAGAUGGCGAAUGGGAAUGGAGUGACGACGAGUUGGACGAGGAGAGUGAAGAAGGCAAAGCUGCCGUCGCUGCUUUACGAUCACCAAGAGUAAAGGAGGGCACUCAGAACUCAGAGUCAGCAGAGCCCUUCGGCAGUCACCUCCAGACGGGUGUUCCUGCCCAGCCCGAUUUAACGCCGUCUGGUGGGCAGGCCGUGCCACCCUUACAGUGCCCACCUGCUCCUGCUAAUCUCGCUCAGGCCCCUGCCCCAGUUCCAGUCCCGGCUCCUGCCCCGGCCUCGGCCCCGACCCCUGCCCCGGCCCCUGCCAGCGAUGCCUCCAAGUCACCCAUCAGCCUGGUUUUGAGGUUGAGAAACCUGAAGAAGGAGCUCAAUGACAUACGAUUUGAGUUUAUGCCUGGACGAGAUACAGCAGACGGGGUGUCCCAGGAGCUGGUGUCGGCCGGGCUGGUAGACGGGAGGGAUUUAGUUAUAGUUGCUGCUAAUUUGCAGAAGAUAGUUGACGAGCCUCAAGCCAACAAAAACGUCACUUUUAAGCUGGCAUCUGGCGUUGAAGGCUCCGAGAUUCCUGACGACGUCAAACUCAUGGGAUUUGCUCAGCUCAGUAUCAGUUAAAGUUUGCCUCCAUGUGGGGACCAUGACUUGCCUAAAAAUGUGAAAAACAAACACAAAAGAAAAAAAACACCACACCAAUAGAAUGACACAUUCAUGCUCUGCCCACCGUUUGAGAUCCCACUUCUGCCAAAGAAAACCGUACCAUGUCGUGAGCCCAUAGGAUUUAACCGAAAACCUCCCAGCUGUGGAAGGCACUGGGGUGAAAGGAUGAGAUCAGAGUGUAUAGGAAACAGUCAACUCAAGUUUACAGUGUACAAGUAGAAGGACGUUUAUUAUUGGGUUUUUUGGGUUUUUUUCCUCAGCAUCAACCACGUUGUGCUCAUUCCCAUUUUUCUGUUUCCUCCUGUAAUAUAUGUCCCAACAUUUGCACAAUCUGAACUCAUGCCCAAAAUUGUUGAUUAAUGUAACAAUGCCUUAUAUUCAAGAGCUACUGAAUGCAUGUCUAAGGAAAAAGUCCUCAUGAAUUGUGGAUUUUUUUUUCCCACAAAAAAAACAAAACCCAAACCUAUUCUAGCCAAACUUUUUACAUGUCCUUUUUUUUUUUUUUUUUUUUUAAAUGGUCUCUGGUCUGAAGGAACCAGCUAGUACACUUCAACUGAAAUGAGUGCCGUACUCCAGCAGCACACCUUUUUUUUUUUUUAAAGCCUUGUCAUGACCAGAUGAAUCUGCUUUCAGAAGGUUCUCGUGAAUCACUGAUGUUCUUAGGCACUUUUUCUUUGCAUUUUCAGCUGCUGUACAGAAUUCCUUGUCCGUGUGAUGCACUGGUUAUUUUCACAAUGCAAACAUUCUGCUGUUUAGCAGCCCACGUUCAUGGGUGGGUGCACACAGAAGACACACUUGGAUCUCAUCAGGGGUGGACAAAUCAACAAUUUAUUACUGGGGGAGGGGACAAAGUAAAGACACAAAUGAGGUCAUGAUUAGUAUACGACUCUAACAAAGCUUCUAAUGUAGAUGAUCAAGUUUCCGACUAAAGUUAAAAGUCAGUCAUUGGCCAAAGUUUCAGCUGUGUGAUAUCUUUUAGUCCCAUCGCAAGUAAAUGAUAUUCAAGUCUCGAGAGCUAACUUGGCAAAUAAAAAUGUUUGUCUUGUUAAA